CUGGGGUACAAUGAAAAGCCAGUAAACCUACAGAUGUUCAUCGGGACAGCAGAUGAUCGCUACUUACGGCCUCACGCGUUCUACCAGGUGCACCGGAUCACGGGAAAAACAGUUGCAACAGCCAGUCAAGAGAUAAUCAUCGCCAGCACAAAGGUUCUGGAAAUACCCCUUCUUCCUGAAAAUAACAUGUCAGCCAGCAUCGAUUGUGCUGGUAUUUUGAAACUUCGCAAUUCAGAUAUAGAGCUCCGUAAAGGAGAGACAGAUAUUGGAAGAAAGAACACCAGAGUGCGACUUGUGUUUCGUGUUCACAUCCCACAGCCUAGUGGAAAAGUCUUAUCUCUGCAGACUGCUUCCAUACCUGUUGAAUGCUCUCAGCGAUCUGCUCAGGAACUUCCUCAGAUUGAGAAGUACAGCAUCAACAGUUGCUCAGUAAAUGGAGGCCAUGAAAUGGUGGUGACAGGAUCCAAUUUUCUUCCAGAAUCCAAAAUAAUAUUUUUUGAAAAAGGACAAGAUGGACGACCUCAGUGGGAGGUAGAAGGGAAAAUAAUUAGGGAAAAGUGUCAAGGGGCAAACAUCAUACUUGAGGUUCCUCCAUACCAUAACAAAACCAUUACAGCUGCAGUUCAGGUGCAGUUUUAUCUCUGCAAUGGCAAGCGGAAAAAAAGCCAGUCUCAACGCUUUACUUAUACACCAGUAAUUAUGAAGCAAGAGCACAGAGAUGAGGUGGAUUUGUCUGCAGUUCCAUCUUUGGCCCUGCCUCACACAAGCAACAUCCAGGGCCUGCAUUCUAUCCGAACUCAAUUGCCUUCACCAGAGCAAGGGCCUCCUCAUGACAAUUUACUGUCUACAUCACCCAGGAGCCUUGUGUGUCCAGUUCAACCACCGUACACAGCAAUGGUGACCUCAGCAGUAUCCCACCUGCCACAUAUGCAAGGCAGAAACCUUAGCCCAAGUGAAGAGUGUCAUGUUUUGCCUCCUGCUGUGGUUCAGUCUUUUCAGGUAACAUCAGCACCUCCUGUGAGGCCUUCUUACCAGCCUAUGCAGUCAAACGAUGUAUACAAUGGACAGUCUGGUCUUCCUGUGAACUCUGCCUCCAGCCAAGGAUUUGAUGCUAUCUCAUUUCAGCAAGACACGGCUGUACCUCAUUUGAUAAACCUUGGCUGCCAAGCACUCCCACCAAUGCAGUUUCACCCUUCAAAUCCAGGUUCUGUGUCAACGCCAGGUGCAGCAGGGCACCCGCUAGCACACCCAGCUCAUUCAGGACAGUCAUCUUCUCACCUGCCGUCGAUGGGGUACCAGUGCCCAAGCACUGCGCAGGGCUCCAUCCCUUCUGCCAUCAGCCGGUCCCUCGGGCAGUCUUCUCCCCAGCUGCAGCAAGUCCCGUACCACUCUACAAAUCCAGCAUCCGCCUCAUCCGCCUCCCCAACAACUCCCCACCCUUUGGUCCAUUCGCCGCUGUCUGGACCCUCUUCGCCCCAGCUACAGCCUCUGCCUUACCAGUCUCCCAGCUCA